GAAAGAACCUCCACCACAUACCGGCUAGCUAGGGUCACCGUCAUAUGCUCCUCAAUGCAACAGUCUGUCGGAGCCUUUUUGGGUCCGAAUAAUCUUUACUUUACUCUCAAUCAACUACCCCAUGAUCUAAACUCUUUGAUUUAAUACGCAUGUUUCAUGUUUGUCAUCCCUACAAAACCCCAAUUUUUACCCCUGAAUUGCAAUUGCUUCAAUCCAGGGUUUCAAUCACCGCAUCCCAAGUUAUUGUCCGUACCAACUACUAGUUGUCCAGAAAUGGACUUGAUUCCCAAAUUGGGGAAAUUGUUUUUUGUUAGCCAGCAGAUUAAGAACAAUCAGGCGGUGGAAGUAAUCGAAUCCGAUAAUAAUGCUGUUAGCUGUAAAGAUGGUUUCGAUGCCGUGUCGUCUGGAACAAAAGUUCAACCUGAUCACCUUGUAAUCAUGGUUAAUGGAAUCAUUGGCAGUGCUACAGAUUGGGGAUACGCCGCUAAGCAAUUCGUCAAGAGACUUCCUGAUAAAGUUGUUGUUCACUGCAGCGAGUGCAAUUCAUCCACCUUGACUUUUGAUGGGGUUGACCGAAUGGGUGAAAGGUUAGCAGAAGAGGUAGUUGCAGUGACUAAAAGGUGGCCGGAGGUGUCAAAGAUCUCAUUUGUAGCACAUUCAUUGGGUGGUUUAGUUGCAAGAUAUGCAAUCGGAAAACUUUAUGAGAAUUCCAAAUGCCAUGAACAGAUUUAUGAAGAUAGAAUUGCAGGUUUACAACCAGUUAAUUUCAUAACAGUUGCAACUCCACAUCUUGGUUCUAGAGGACACAAACAGCUUCCAUUACUUUGUGGUGUUCCUUUUCUUGAAAGAAGUGCAUCACAAACUGCACAUUGGAUAGCUGGAAGAUCAGGGAAGCAUCUUUUUCUCACUGAUAAUGAUGAUGGAGAACUUCCACUUCUUCUUCAAAUGGUUAAUGACACUAAAGACAUUAAGUUCAUCUCUGCUUUAGGAUCUUUCAAGAGACGUGUAGCGUAUGCUAAUGCAAAUUAUGAUCACAUGGUUGGAUGGGGAACGUCAUCUAUUCGUCGCCAACAUGAACUUCCAAAUUCAAAUCUUCUUUUGGAAGAUGAGAAGUAUCCACAUAUUGUUUACGUGGAGCAAGAUCAACAAGAAGCGAAUGAAGCAGUUCAAAAGGAGACGCUUUCUGUAGUUUCACCUGAAAAUUUUGAAGAGGAGAUGAUUAGAGGUCUUACUCAAAAACCCUGGGAACGUGUUGAUGUUAGCUUCCAAAACAGUACACAAAGAUAUGUUGCACAUAGUACUAUUCAGGUGAAGACGUAUUGGUUAAAUUCUGAUGGAGCGGAUGUGGUUCUCCAUAUGAUAGAUAAUUUCAUUGUUUAAAAUAUGCUUCGAAAGGUAUUUUCGGGAUUUUACUUUUCUUUUUUGUGUUGCGCACCCAGAACAUUUGUCAAGUAAGUUGUAUAUAUUAUGCAAUUCUUGAAUUUUGGGGAUGUUGCUGCAUUCUUUUGUCUCUCAUGCAUAUUCAUUUUGUGUAUAAAUUGUUGUCACUUUUAUUUGAUUAAUUAAAAGAAUUUUGUUCUUUCAA